AUGCGUUGCGCGCGAGCGUCGCUGUCCAGCUGCGCCUCGCUCGGCCUGCCUGGGCUCGCUGCGGCUGCCGGCAGCCGACGGGGCCCGCUGGCGCUGCGACUGGCCUCGUUGCUGCCGCUCACUGCAGGGCCGUCGCGAUUGCCGCAGCCGCUGGCGCUGGCUGCUCGGCCCAUCACCACUCGCCCGCCCGCCUUCUUCCAUCCUUCGCGUCCCGACUUUCUUCCAUCGCCGUCCAGCAGCGCCAGCAGCUCGGCUGCACCAGACGCUCAGCCUACGCAUGAGCCUCACUCGCACACCUUCUAUGUGCCGUCUCUGCCACAGCCGCCGCCGCUCGAGGCGCUCCCGCCACGGCAUCACGACCUGCAGCACGCCGUCAAUCUAGACGAUGCCGACGCAGCGUGGGCCGCAUGGCUCGCGCUUGAAGGCGAGACACUGGACGCCUCGCUUCUACGCUGCUUCUGGUGGCAGAUCGCGUCCUACUCGCCCUACCUGCCGCCUGCUGCCGACUUUGACGAGCACUCUGCGCUGCGCCAAGAUGCGCUGCGGCAGGCCGGCGAGGCGGUGCGCGCCGCACGGACCUUGCGACAGCGCCUCACAGACAUCUGGACCGCGCUGCAGGACGGCGAGCGAGAGGCUCUUGGCCCGCUCGCGUCGCAGCGCUACGUCUACGCACAUCUGCUGCCGUCGCUGCUGCUCGAAGAGAUGCAGAGCGUGGCGCCGCUGGACACGCUCUACGACGUGCAAGAGGCCCAGCUGUGUGCUGCUCUCACGUGGCUACCCGAGCACAGCGCUUCUCUCGUUCGCCGAGCCGCAAGGCUUCUUGCUAGCAGUGGGCAUCUCGCGCUGGCCGUCGAGGCGCUGCAGGACGCGCCAGCCGCUCUCGACGCCCCUCUCGGCGCUCACAUCGUGUCCCUUGCCGCUUCCGACGAGAGCGCGAGGCAAGGCGCCACAGGCCUGCUGCAAGUCCUUUCGCAGCCGGGCGCUCAUCCUGCUCGGCACGUCCUCACCCUCAACACGCUGGUGAGCCUGCUUGACGAGCGGGACGUCGAGGCGCUGCUGGCGGAGAUGCAGAGCGACUCGUGGCUUGCGCCGUACGCGGCUCUACACCUGCUCAAGCGCUCCCAUACGGUGCGAGCGGAGGUGCUGCAGUACGCGCAGAGCAAGCCCAGCCCAGCUACGGAAGGAAGAGACGAGGCCGCUCGAGGGCGCAGAAGCGCGCGUUCAGAAGCACUGGAGCUGCCCGACGAGCCCGAGAUGCUCAAGAGCUUCAGGGACAUCGAUGCACGCUCGGCGCUGAUGCAUCAAGUCGCCGCGCAGCUCGCACAGGAAGCGCUCGAGACGUUGCGUGCGCCGCGCUCCGGCAAAUCUCGUGCCGGCCAGGAUGCCGAAACAGCGCGUCGGACGACGCCUAGAGCUCUGCGGCGAGCCAUGCAACUGUGGCUGUCUGCUCCAGAGGCUGUACCUACGCCGCUGCAGGCUGACGAGAUGCUGGUGUCAUGCGUCUUCGAGCACUUAGACAGCGCUUCGCGAGCUGGUCCAGGCGUGCUUCGCGCGGCAGACAGUGCCAUGCUGCCGCUCCUGCGCAGCCUCACCGCCGUGCUCUAUCAGCGCGAGGCUCGCAGCACGCAUGCACGCAGACGGACCUUCGACUUGCGCAAGCGCUCGACACUCUCAGCAGAGGAGCGCGCCCAGCAGCUCAAGCUCAAGCCUGCCUCACACGCGGCCCUGCUCGAGGCGCACCUCAUGCUGGGCGAUGAGGCGGGCGCCCUCGCUCUCUGGCGCGAUCUCGUCGCUCGCGAGGUCUUUCCGGGCCAGGAGCGAGACGGCGCAGGACAGAUCCGACACCGCACUCGCGGCGACGUCUUGCUUCGACGAGAGUACUACGACGUGAUCCUCGACUCGUGCGUCGUGAGCGCAGCCUCAAGCAGCGGCAGCUACGUGUCUGGCGCUGCGAUCGAUCGUACGCCGAAUGUCUCGCCAACGGAGGCCAUGCUGCUCAUGUCGCUGCGCAUGGCCCACUCGCCUCUCGACCCGCCGCCUGACCACGUCAUCCUGAAGGUCGUGCGCGGUCUGCUCCAGCAUGACGGCCUGGCGGCGAUGCAUCUGCUGCAGCAGCUCGCCGAUGCGCAGGUGCCGCUCACAGCCCGGCUUGCCACGGCCAUCGUGCGCGCCUUCCACGACGCCGGAGCGGAGUGGGCCGAUCAGACACUCUCACUCGCCGAGGCCUUCGUGUCGCAGUGGUGUCGCCGGGCAAACAAAGACAACGCCGGCAGAGUCACGCUGCGGAACGCGUUGACGGAAGGGCCGCGAGGCAGCAUCCUUGAACAGGUACGAGAAUGGCUUGCUAUCGGCAAAACGAGACAGAGAGAUGCACCGCCUCUGCUGCUCUUCGCCCUCGCUGUGAGCGCAGCCGGCCGGUCCUUCGUCGACUACACGCCUGAGCGGCGCGUGCGCACGUUUGACCUUUUCAACGCGAUGCGCCUGCUCCUGCAAGCCCAGCUGCUCUCGCCAACGGCUCUGCAACGCACGCAGAUCGGCCGCGACGGCUACCGGAGCUGGUUUGGCGACUUCGCUGCGUCGCAGGUUCGCUCUGGCGCGAUCCAGUACCAGACGCUCUUGGCCGCCUACAACGGUGCGCUUCGGACCGUGCAGGCAGCGCCAGCGUACGAGACUGGGCAUUCGGAGCUGCAGCUGGAGCCCUUGCGUCUCGAGCCGACACAGCUGCUCCCCGACGCGCUACACGCCUCACCUCGCAAGACUCAGUCGGCCGCACCCGACGAGGACGACUCGCUCUUCUCCACGGUGCGACGCGAGCUGGAAGACGUGCUCGGCGUGCCGGGCAAUGCCCAGACAUGGGCGCUGCGCAUUACGGGCUACCUCAUGCCCUACCAGCCGCCGCCCGCGCCAGGUGACCCGCAUCCUCCGUCAUGGGCCAGUCUCGAGAUGUCGCGCGCCGAGGUGUUCGAUGCCCCGCUCAGGCCUGAGCGCCUGAGCGCCGCACUGCAGCUCUUCCGUCUCGCCGGCGAGGCCAAGUACCACCGCGGCGGCGACUACGUGCCGCCUUCGCAGCGCGAGCGCAUCGAGCCGCCGCGGCAGCAAGUGCGCAUCAAGUCGCAAGACGCCGGCCGGCUCGUCGUGUGCCUUGCGCGCGCGUCGCGCUUCGAGGAGGCACAGGAGGUACUCGACGAGUUCUGGGCGCGCCAUCUGGGCUCAAGCCACGGCACGCCCGGCGGCUGGACGGCGGGCAUCAUCGGCGCCGAGCUGGCGCUGCACGCCAUGCAAGGGCGGGCCGAGACGCUCGAGCUCAAGCUGGCCGAGGCCCAGCGACUCGGCUACCGCCUCACGCCGCACUGGAAGCGCAACCUGCGCCUCUGGCUGCGGCAGAAGGGCGGGAGCGUCGCGGCGUUGGCGCCGGCGCAACAAGUAUCACCAGCGGAUCCGCCGCGCGAGGCUGCCGAGCUGCCCCUGCCGGAGCGGGAGGAUGAGUGGCGCAGGCGCGUCUUCAGCGCCCUGGCUUCUGGACAGCCAGCUUGGUCGCGUGGGGGCGAGCUGGUCUGA